AAGCACCCCAACCACAAGCACCCCAACCACAAGCACCCCACUACAACAUCAUCCUAAUCCUAAUCUCAAUCUUGUAAAUCAUCACAACUCACCACAUUAAGGUUAAGAUGGCUGAAGGAAAGAGCACAGACAGUAGCCUGAAGCUCAAGUCAGUUAUCAACGAUGAUGACAGUAAGGACAAUGAAGAAGAUAAGGGAGAUUUGCCUGAUGAUCUUUCACUGGAAAAAAUAAGCCUUAAAGUUCCGAAAAAGAAACUCCUCAUCCUUUGCCUUGGCGGGCUACUAUGUCACAGGGUCUGCAUUAGACGCGGUUCCGGUAACGUUCAGACAAACCGCCGUCCUGAUGCCUCGUAUGGAAGCUUUAAAGUUUACAAGAGGCCAUUCUGCGAUGAUUUUGUGAAAUUCUGCUUCGAAAGAUUCGAGGUUGGAAUCUGGUCUUCUGCUAGAGAAUGGUACAUGAAUGAUGCUCUUGAUGGUGUUAUGAGAGGUUUCAGGUCCAAGCUGUUAUUUGCUUGGGACCAAGACAGAUGUACUGAUUCAGGGUUCAAAACCUUGGAGAACAAGAAGAAGCCCAUCUUUCUUAAGCAAUUUAAGCAGCUCUCUGCUCUUUCAUGGUGCAAGGGGCAAGAUACUUCCUUGAACACUUUGCUGAUUGAUAAUGACCCCUACAAGUCUCUUCUAAAUCCUUCCCACACCGCGAUUUUUCCUGACGAAUACACGGUGGACUGUGCUACUGAUUCUGCUUUAGGUCCUGAGGGUGAUCUUCGGGUCUUCUUGGAAGGCCUGGCUGAUGCUAAAGAUGUUCCAUCCUAUGUGAAGGACCAUCCUUUUGGGAAUCCUGCAAUCACUCCCUUGCACCCUGACUGGGAUUUUUACUCCAAGAUUGUUCGACGCCAUAGCAAGGAACCGAUCGUGAACUAGCAAGGAUAAUUUUCAAAGAAUAACAAUGGAGAUGUUUUUAUAUUUUAUAUAUGCUGUUGCUUAUUUUUAUGUUGUUUGGUGUUGAACAAACCUACAGUAAUUCUGUUGCCUUAAUCCAUAUGUUUCAUAUUUUGUUAAA